AUGGAGAUAACAGAUUUAUAUCGCCAGAAGACACCUGAAGAUCCCACAAAUAACAGAGCACGCUUGAAGGAGAUACCGCUAACUUUGAUGCGUCAUGGGUUCCAUUCCGAGGCAGCAUACCUGAACAACGAGUCUCAUGUAGGCUAUGAACAGCGCUCGGUCGAGACCUCAAAGUUCAUGAAGGAUAUCCUGAUGUUUGCCGUUAUGAAGUGUUCUGCAGUCGUUAUCCUACUGAUGUGUUCCUCUGAUGGUAGAUCUGAAGUUGUCUACACCGAUAACACCAAGCAAGGCGUACAAGAUAACACCAAGCAAGGCGUACUAGAUAACACCAAGCACGGCGUACAAGAUAACACCAAGCAAGGCAUACAAGAUAACACCAAGCAAGGCGUACUAGAUAACACCAAGCACGGCGUACAAGAUAACACCAAGCACGGCGUACUAGAUAACACCAAGCACGGCGUACUAGAUAACACCAAGCACGGCGUACUAGAUAACACCAAGCAAGGCGUACAAGAUAACACCAAGCAAGGCGUACAAGAUAACACCAAGCACGGCGUACUAGAUAACACCAAGCAAGGCGUACUAGAUAACACCAAGCACGGCGUACUAGAUAACACCAAGCACGGCGUACUAGAUAACACCAAGCAAGGCGUACAAGAUAACACCAAGCACGGCGUACAAGAUAACACCAAGCAAGGCGUACUAGAUAACACCAAGCACGGCGUACAAGAUAACACCAAGCAAGGCGUACUAGAUAACACCAAGCACGGCGUACUAGAUAACACCAAGCAAGGCGUACAAGAUAACACCAAGCACGGCGUACAAGAUAACACCAAGCAAGGCGUACUAGAUAACACCAAGCACGGCGUACUAGAUAACACCAAGCAAGGCGUACAAGAUAACACCAAGCACGGCGUACAAGAUAACACCAAGCAAGGCGUACUAGAUAACACCAAGCACGGCGUACAAGAUAACACCAAGCACGGCGUACAAGAUAACACCAAGCACGGCGUACUAGAUAACACCAAGCAAGGCGUACAAGAUAACACCAAGCACGGCGUACAAGAUAACACCAAGCAAGGCGUACUAGAUAACACCAAGCACGGCGUACAAGAUAACACCAAGCAAGGCGUACAAGAUAACACCAAGCAAGGCGUACUAGAUAACACCAAGCAAGGCGUACAAGAUAACACCAAGCAAGGCGUACUAGAUAACACCAAGCAAGGCGUACUAGAUAACACCAAGCAAGGCGUACAAGAUAACACCAAGCACGGCGUACAAGAUAACACCAAGCACGGCGUACUAGAUAACACCAAGCACGGUGUACUAGAUAACACCAAGCAAGGCGUACUAGAUAACACCAAGCAAGGCGUACUAGAUAACACCAAGCAAGGCGUACUAGAUAACACCAAGCAAGGCAUACAAGAUAACACCAAGCAAGGCGUACAAGAUAACACCAAGCAAGGCAUACAAGAUAACACCCUGGUGAGAGCGGUGGGCUGCGCCAGGAGCGUCUAA